GGAUGGAGAGACUCUCACUCCUCCAGCAUCCAUCACUCGACUCGUCUCUCCUGGAUCUGGAACUCUCACUCCGCUCCGUCUCUGUGUGAAAUCAGACGUUCUGCUAGAAUGAGGAACCUGACGGCUCUGCUGCUUCUGCUGUCGCUCAGCUCUCUGUAUCUGGUGUCUAGUGCUCCUCCUGGUACUGACGUCAUGAAAACCUGCUGUUCAAACCCAACUAAAGCGAGGAUCCCACUAAAGAACAUUGUGACCUACUGGAGGACCAGCAGCAGCUGCCACCUACAGGCCAUUGUUUUUCAGAUGCUAAAUAAAAACACCACUCGUACAGUCUGUGUGGAUCCUACAGCCGUUUGGGUCGACAGUCACAUGAGGAAAGUGGAUCUUAAGAACAAAGUUGGUGUAACAGCAAAACUCUGAGUCUCAGCGUUACACGGGAUUACAACACUGAAGACUAACUUAAUAUUUUGGCAACAUUUUGUAAUUACUGUUUCUGCUUUUCUACUUUUUUACUUAUUUAACCAAAAUAUUCUGACCUCUGACCCUCAGUGUGACACCAUCACCUGGUGUUUUAAGAGUUUAUCUUAAUGAUUAGUCAUUCACACAUGUAACAUGUAACUGUCUCUAAUAAAUACAUAAACUGUGCAGGAUUUCUCAUGUAGAGUCAUUGCUUUAUUAUUAUAUUAUUUCAAUUGCUUUAUUAUCACAAUUAAUGAGAUACAGUCAGAGCCCUGAAGUAAACAUUUAACCCGUUAUUAUUUAUUACCAGUGUUGGGUGGAAGGUGUUACAAAGUAAAGCGUUAGAGUAACUAG